AGAAGAAGAAGAAGAAGAAAGAAGUAGUAGAAGAAGAAGCGCUGCAGCAUCAGAGCCAGUUAGCAGCUGGCUAACGUGAAGCUAAAGGCUAACGGCAUGUCUACGACCUCUAAAGUGGUUCUGGGAGUUUCUGUAGUUCUGACUCUGAGCACCGUGGCUGCUGUUCACCUUAACCAGUCCUGGGACAGACAGCGUCUGCACGAGGGUGUAGUCCGGGAUCUGGAGCGGCUGGAGAGGAAGAAGGACAAUCUGAGACUGCUGGAGGAGCAGAGGACACUGACUGCACAGCUGGAGGCAGAGAGACAGCGCAGACAGACAGGCUGAGACAGGUAAACACACCAAGAGACAGACAGGUAAACACACCGAGAGACAGACAGGCUGAGACAGGUAAACACACCGAGAGACAGACAGGCUGAGACAGGUAAACACACCGAGAG